CCAGAAUAAUACUCUGCACAAAGUAUCAUGGCUAGUAUUGACAUUUUGAAUUUGCCCGACUAUACAGCCCAGAUGAGGAGCUUUCAGCGAUCUGAUGAGGCUCGACAGAAGCUCUUUGAAGAUGUCCUCGAAAAGUAUGAGAAACUAGUAGAAGAGCAUACCAAUUUAAAACACGACUAUUCGAGUGAGCGAGACGUUCGUCGCAAUUACCAGGGCGAGGUCAAUCGCAUGCAUAAGGAGCUUGUCGAGAUCCAAAAUUCUGUUGACAGCAAUUCAUUUGUUUUGACUCUUAUUGAUGGCGAUGGUGUCAUUUUCCAAGACAUGUUGCUGUUGGCGGGCGCCAAUGGGGGCUCUGAGGCGGCCUCCAAGCUCCAGAAUGCCAUCCGAGAACACAUUGUUCAAAUCUAUCCGAAUUCUGGCACCUGGCCAAUUAUGGUUCAUGUAUACCUCAGCCUGGAUAAGCUAUCUCAGACCCUCGCACGAGUUGGGCUUCUCAAGUACCCCCAGGAGAUGCGAGCUUUCGCUCAAAACUUCAGCGUCAAUCAGCCGUUAUUUAGUAUUAUUGAUGUAGGUCAAGGAAAAGAGCGAGCUGACUUCAUGAUUAAAGAAAUGCUUCGAACGUUCAGCGACAACCCUACGUGCAAGCACAUCAUCUUCGGAGGUUGCCACGAUAAUGGCUACCUCCUUAACUUAGACCAAUAUAAGCAUAACCAGGUUAAGGCGGCACGCAUCACACUGCUCGAGGCUACAACCCCACAGACUGGCUUCACGGAAUUACCCAAUUUCAAAAGAACUCGCUUUGAUUCAGUCUUCAGGUCGGAGGCCCUCCCUUCAACUAGUACUCAAGGUACUGCUCCUACCUUUUCUCCGGUGCAAACUCAGAUCAAGUCUACCACCAAAAGGCCCUCGCCCAUAGCUUCUCCCACUCCUGCUAGUGUGACUCCAGCUCCUGUAACCGCAUCACCAAGCACUACUGCAUCCUCUCUUGCUACUCAAUCUUCUGGGUCAGCUCCUGCGUCCUGGGCUAUUGUGGGUAAAGCUGGUGGAAGUAAUGGAACCAUAUCAAUUGCAGGUUCAAACAAAAAUGCUGCGAAGAAGAAAUAUAUAUACUUCAACAAAGACGGGUACCGCCUUGAUGAGGCACUCCCACCCCGAGACCGUAACGCCUCCGAGGCAAUCGAAAAGCGAAUGGAGAAGACUGGCCGCAACUUGUGCAAUCACUGGCAUCUAAACAAAGGAUCAUGCACCAAUGGAAAUUUCUGCCGAUUCCAGCACGAACCAAAGCUAACUCCUGCGGAAUUGGUUGCGUUGCGAUAUAAGACCCGUUCGUUAGCCUGCAAGCGCCGAGACUGCGAUAAGUUUGACUGCUACUUGGGUCACCAAUGUAGCUACGAGCGUGACAAUGGCUAUUGUCCUUACGAAACAUGCAAUCUCAGGGCUUCUCAUGGCAUAGAUAAAACUAAACAUGUGAGAUACGACGAGGAUUGGAAUGAGGAAUAUUCUAAGUAAAUAUUCCCCAUCCCAAUACCCUUUUGUCAUGCUUGUGCUCGACUAUUCCGGGUCUCAACUUCGCUCUAAUGUAACAGGAGUGAUAAUGUUCAACCUUAGAUAACUUUCUUUCUGUUCGGUUUAUACAUGCUCUGAUUCGUGGCUUGUUGCCACGGAUUUGAUCUCGCUCAUCAGAGUGGACAGUGCUAGUCAAUUUGCGAGAAAUUAUUUAUAUAGGGAG